AUGGCGAGGACCAUUACCGAAGCUCAUUCACUACCAAUUGAUCGCCGGGUACUGUGGACCGAUUCGGAAACUGUGCUCGCUUGGAUAAGAUCCGACCAUAGACCUUAUCGGCAGUUCGUCGCUUGCCGAGUGGGGGAGAUUUUGGACAAAACGGACGGUGAAGACUGGCGCUGGAUCCCCUCGAAACAAAACGUGGCCGAUGAAACGACUAAGUGGGGAAAGGGUCCCUGCCUCAGCUCCGAAGCCAGAUGGGUCCAAGGUCCCGAGUUUCUACGUCAUCCGGAAGCAGAGUGGCCGAAGAAGAAUGCAGCAGAACCGUCGAAAACCACUGAAGAGUUACGUGCUUGCUUUGUUCAUCGAGAGGUUGUGAUGCAACAGUUGGUGGAUUUCAGUCGCUUCUCCAAGUGGGAACGUCUAUUAAGAACCGUGGCAGACGUCAUUCGAGUCCUGGACAAUGCCCGUCGUCGUAGAUUGGGGCAACCCAAGAAAACUGGAAGCUUGUGGCAAGACGAAAUCCAGCGGUCAGAAGCAGCUCUUUGGCGUCUAGUACAAGCCGAAGCCUACCCGGAUGAAGUCGGCGUACUUCUCAACAAGAACUCGGCUACCAAAAAUAUUGAUAAAUCAAGCAUGAUCUACAAGCUGUCACCGUUCACCGACGAGAGAAAGGUCCUGUGCGUUGACAGCCGAAUGGGAGCGGCAUCGGGUGUGUCGUAUAAUUUCAAGUUUCCCAUCAUUCUCCCACGUUACCACCGGAUUAGCGAACUCCUAGUUGACUGGUAUCACCGGAAGUUUCUGCACGCUAACAACGAGACAAUCGUUAACGAGAUCCGGCAGCGUUUCCAGAUACCGAACCUCCGCACGGUGGUACGCCAGGUCUCUAGGAAUUGCCAGACCUGUAAGGUCCGGAAGGCGUCGCCCGUAACACCGAAGAUGGGUCCUUUGCCUGCAGCGCGCUUGAACCAAUUUUGGCGACCGUUUACCUACGUAGGCAUCGAUUACUUUGGACCAAUAUCGGUCAAGAGCGGUCGCAGCAAUGUGAAAAGAUGGGUGGUCUUGUUCACUUGCCUUUCCGUCAGAGCCAUCCACCUAGAGAUCGUACAUUCUCUCACAACCGAAUCCUGCAAAAUGGCCAUCCGUCACUUCGUAGCCUAUCGAGGUGCGCCCAGUGAGAUCUAUACAGACAAUGGGACGAACUUCCAGGGUGCUAGUCGCGAGCUGCUGCAGGAAAUCCAAGCCAUUAACAACGGUCUAACUGACACUUUCAGCGACGCCAAUACGAAGUGGGUCUUCAACCCGCCCUCCGCUCCACACUUUGGGGGAGUGUGGGAGCGACUUGUACGUUCCGUUAAGGUUGCUCUUGCGUCGCUGUCAAGCUUGGGGAACCCGGACGACGAAACCCUACGCACGAUUAUUGCUGAAGUCAGUGCCAUUAUCAACUCACGGCCACUGACGUUUAUUCCUCUAGAAUCAGCGGAACAAGAGGCUCUGAAGCCGAACCACUUUACUCACCUGAGUUCUGAUGGGGUUGUCCGACCAAAAAAGUAG